UAUAGCAGUAUACAUCUCAUCAUUAAAACCAAAAAUUGAGUCAUUUUUAUCACAACCCGCUUUUGCGGACUCUCGCUAUCGCGCACCAAAUGGUGUCCUCAAAAACGAGAGUUGGCCGACAAUCGAGUUGUACAUCUUUUAUUUUCAUUGUCAAUUUACUUGUAAGCAAUUUUAGAAUUUACUGGAAACAGGAGCCAUUUCUCAAUUCAAUGGAAGUAAAACACGUGGACGCACCUCACUACAAACAAUAGUCCGUUUCCAUAACAACAUUGACCCAUUGUUCGGUUUUGCGCGUGCCCAGGCUUGGCACGCCAAAAAGUCAAAAGGCUGCGAGACGAGAAGUGUGGAUCGUGGGGCCCGAAGUGUGGAUGUUGUUUGUAACGCGAUAUCCAUUUACUUUUACUUUGAACAUGAAAAAUCCAGCUGAAAUCUUUCCCGCCAUGUAGGGAAAAUGCAAAGUCCUUCUGGGCUCAAGGAAAAGGAAAAGAUCUUGCAAAGAGCUAUCAAAUCAUGCCAGAGCUUCUUAGAUCUCCGUGGUCUGAACAUCACAAGCGUACCUCGAGAAGUAUUUUGCAAGCCUCUUGUGCAUAACUUGAAAGUUUUAGAUCUGAGCUGUAAUGGCCUUCAGUCACUACCAGCUUGUAUUUGCCACUUGGCUUAUUUGGAGGAGCUUUACGUUGGCCACAAUGACCUCAAAGAUUUUCCAAAAGAACUUGGGGCUUUGCCAAACUUGAAGAAACUUGAUCUAGUGCAUAACAGUUUCCAAGAAGUUCCGUUUUGUAUUUCCAAACUUUGUAAACUUGAAUGGCUUAAUUUUUCAGGGAACUUGGUGGAGAUUGUACCCCUCUGGGUCUUUCUCUUACCCCAUCUUCGCCACUUGUACCUCAUUCACAAUCUUAUUGAAAAUAUUCCCAGAGAUGUCUACCUUCAAGGACUAGAUGAAAUUCGCAAGUACUUUAGAUUACCAGCCUCUAAAGCAGUUGAUAAUGAGGGCUCUAACACAAAUAUCAUGCUGUUAUCUCCUACGAGAAAAAGUUUGUACAAAGUUCAGUUGCGUUCAAAACUUCUUGACGGAGAAAAGUGUGAUCAUGACCAAGGCUUGUCAUCUCAAACUGAUCCUCAAAAUUCACGUGAACAGAGGUCUCCUUGUUCACCGUUGACACCAUCUAAAAUCUUCCUGAAUGCAGAGUCUUUGCCUGUAGAAACUUCACCAGGUGAAUAUUUGGCACAACAUAAGCAUGUAGUUUCGGGUUUAGAAGAAUCACACCAAAGUGGACUGCACCUUAUACAAGAACAGACAAAUAAGAUUCUUCAGAGGCAAAGGCUUAGAAAACUACACAUUGAAUGUCUUCGUCAAAUGAAGAACCAGCAUCAACCAGAACCUUUUCUUUUUCCAAGAAGAAGAUUGGAUUUUAGCCUUGAUUUAGAGAACCUUAGAGGAAGACGAGGUAGGCGCAUGACUACCAGUGAGUAUGGAACUUGUUCAUCGUUCACAGAGAGUGUUGGAAUUAGAGAGCACUUUCCUCUGGAAAGGAGAGAUUCAUUUUUGAGUUAUCAGUCAUUGAUAGAUGAUGCUAUGAACAACAACAUGUGUGUAGUUCCAAGGCAGAAGAAUCUGUCCAGUGACAGUGACAGCUCAUGUUUGAGUGACAUCUCUGACAACGAUUGCUAUGGAAACGACUCUGACUUGGAGUCAGUCACUGAUCGACGCAGACACAUAACUCUCGGAGACAUCUGUGUCAUCAUUCCAGAGGAAAACCUUUCUGGUCAUGUGCAGUCAGAGUUUACUCUCGAAGUCAUUGAGAACGUGUCAUUCUAUCCUAAACUAAGUAAUCGGCAAGUGCUGGCAAGUGAGGUGAUAGAGAUGGCACCACAUGGGGCAAAGUUUUACACAGAUGAUCCAGCCAUCAUAAGUUUACCCUAUGAUGUUAAAGUUGGAAGAAAUGACUGUGUUACUUGUUUGUGCAGUAACACAGGCAUGGGGCAGAGGACAAGAUGGGAAAGACUGAACCCAGAAGACUACAACAUCUUCACUUCCCAUGUGGAAAUUAGAGCCUACCAUUUCAGUCUCUUUGCUAUUGUUGUGACCAAAGGAUACCCUGAAGCUCGUAAGACCAUAAGAGCUGGGGUGGGUGGAUGUCUUUACAUCCCUGAAGUUCCAGGAGUGGAAGUUCUUUUUCCAGAGACUUCACUGCUUCAUGAUAUUGAAGCGUCUGUCAAGGUUCUCUAUGCAGAUGAGCCUUAUGAUGUUGAUCAUUCAGACCCUGAAGCAUUUGGUCUUGCUACGCCAGUUGUCCAGUUGGGACCUCACGGUUGCACCUUCAAUCCUCAUUCUACUGACUUUGUGACAGUGCGUCUUCCAUUACCAGAUGGUAAAGAAAUCCAGGAGAGGUAUGGAGACAGGCAACUCACAUUCUGGUGUAGUUCGACUAUGGAAGAUGAAGAUCUGGAGUGGCAGCAGUUCCAGCCUAAGUUUAUGCACAUUGAUAAUGACAACGACAACCUGUGCUCUGUGUACUUUUCCGUGGAACAUUUUUCUUUCUUCAGAGUGUUGUGGAACAUCAUUGAUUCUAUUCUGUGGGAAGCAAAGCUUGGUGCUUCCAGCAUCAUUCCAGUGUUUCAGUUUAAUGUCUCUUUCCAAGCGUUGAUGUCAGAGGUGAGCGAGUGUGGCUCAAGAUUUGGCAUCUGCAUAGUGUGCUACAGAUUUGGCAAGCCUCUGGAAGGCAUCGGCAACUUUCCUAUUCUUGUUGGUAAAUGCAUUGCACCAAAGAUGCUACGAACAGGAAAGUUGCAGAUCAGGUUGGAGUCAAAUCAUUUCAAAGCUGACACUUCAAUUGGGGUGAAGGAACUUGCCGCUGUAGAGAAUUUCGCAGGUCGCCCAUUUGUGAUUCAGUUUGGAUGUCAGUUUUUGGAUGAAGCUCCUUGUGGGAACUUUGGAAGUGUUUUUGUGGAGCAACCUUCUCAAUAUGGAGGAAGCCAGCCAAUUCUGUCAUUUCUUUUAAAUAAGCCUCGUGAUGGUGAUGCUGUUGAUGCAUCUAUGGACUGGGAAGUGCAGCUUACCAAAGAACUCACAGCUCUGUUGAGCAUCAAGGCUGAGAAAGACAUGGGUGAUGAGGUGUGGCAUGAAGUGGCGGAAAAUCUUGGAUAUACUCCGAGAGAGAUUGGCAACUUCAACUGCAAUGACAAUCCCAUAGCAGCAGUUAUUGCAGACUACAAACGCCGUGGAGGAAUGCCACAUCAGUUUAUCACUGCUCUGUACAAAACUGGUACCCCAGGGAACAUGACAAGACAGCAAAUGCUGAGCAGAAGUGGAUCAACAAGGAUGGAUGAGGAUAAAUCAGAAAUGAAACCCAGAAUGUGCCCCUGUGUUAAGAAGAAUGCUCGCAAACGUCGACUUCAUGAGCCAGUCAACUGGGAAGAAAAGUUUCAGGAACUUGCACAAAAUAUUGGAAAUGGGAAAUGGAAACAGCUCGGUCGAGUGUUGGGUGUUGGUGACAGCAAAAUCCAGGAAAUAGAGCAUGACUGUAGCAUGAGACAGGAUGGCUUGCAGGAGAAGACAUACCAGGUUCUCAUAGCAUGGCGUGAUCUUUAUCCAGGUCGAUGCAGUCUGAAUAAUCUAUCAUCUGCACUAUGCAAAGUUGGGCUUGGUUACGUGGCAAGGCAAUACUGUCUAGCUGUUUAGAUGGGUUGAUACAGCCCUACAUGAUGAAAACUGUUUAUUGUAAUUAUAAUGCUUACAGUGUUGGGUAGUGUAUUGAGGUCCCUGUAUUAUGCAGAAAAGACAAGUAGAUUCUUGUUCUUGUAAUGACUUUCCUUAAAUCGAAUUUGCACGUGACCAAGUCAGUGUCAUUUCUUGAAAUAACACUGUUUGGUAAAAUGUAAAAGGACAUAGUCAUCAGCCAAUUCAGAUAGAUUAUUUAUGCUCACCUGACUAGUAACUGUCACAGUAGAGCUGCACAUGGGAAACCUGAAGUGAACAGGCAGAAGUUAAAGAGAACUUCUCUUUCUGAAACUUUGAACAUGCAUCAAGCAGUGAAAGCUCAUUUCUAAUAAAUGUGUUCAUUUAUCAGUGUAAAUGUUUAUUUAUUUUUUCCUCUGGUAGCAAUUUGUGUCCAAGUUACAGAGGCAAUCAGGUUAUUGUUGUCUGCUCUACCAUACUUUGUAUCAUAGAAUGUCAUCUUACUCACAAGAAAGCCGACACGAAUGCAUGUACUUAAGUAAAGGUAUUCUUAACAGAUAGAUAGAUGUAUUUUUGAAAACAUAUUUUAUUUAAAAAAAGGCAUCAGCAACUUUUUUAAACAUGGUAAACUUUUUUUCCAACCAUGUUGAGUUAGUCUCAACACUUACAUGCAGUUCAGAUUACUAUUUUUAGCAACUUUGUUUCUUUUUAUGUUUUGUCCUGUGAGCUGGUCUCUGCAAAACUCUUCUGCAAGUCAGAGUAGUAUUGCACCAGGAUGAUGUACAGAUGUAUAGACAAUUACCAUAGAUUUUUAUUUUCAUUGUAAUUUUUUUGUAUGUUAGUUUUUAUUCAAAAUGUAAAAAGUCACUUGCCAGUAAUUAAACCAACUUGGGCUUGUUUUGUGA